GAUGGGCUGCAGCGCGCCAGCCCCCGGCAGCUCGGGGUGCCGGGGUUCCAAGGCGCCCCGGUGGGCAGCGACCCCUCGGCACGGCCACCCUUCCCGCCCAGCCCCGUGGGAGCCACCUUCUGCGGGCCAGCACCCUAAGAGCGGCCUCAUGCCCUUCCGGUUCGGGCCCCCCUCUGCCUCAGACGGGAAGCUCGCGACUGGGAACCGGCGAAACUGGCCCACAGACACGGGGCAGUUAGUCCGUGCCUCUUCCUCUGGGGAUCCGGGACGGGAACUUGGGCCGUCUUUAGUGCUGCCGCCCAGGAUCGCGUCGUUUCUGUGGAUGGCAGCCAUCCUCUCCACCUCUGCCUGUCAGCUCUGGCCCGGAGGGGAGGGACGUGGGCGGAGCCCCGGGUGUACUAGAGACAGGGAGCCCAGGGGAGGCGCCCUCCUGAGGCCACCAUUGCUCAUGCAGACCACUCAGCCAUCUGGCUACUGAUGUCAUGAGUAACACGACAGUGCCCAAUGCCCCCCAGGCCAACAGUGACUCCAUGGUGAUGUACGUGCAGAAGAAGCAGCGGGUGGACAGGCUUCGCCAUCACCUGCUUCCCAUGUACAGCUACGACCCCGCAGAAGAGCUCCACGAGGCUGAGCAAGAGCUGCUGUCCGACGUGGGCGACCCCAAGGUGGUGCGUGGCUGGCAGAGCGGCUACCAGCACAAGAGGGUGCCCUUGCUGGACAUCAAGACGUAGACUGGUCAUGCCGAACCCCCCAUGCUACCCACCCAGGCGCAGGGCGUCUACUGCAAGCAGCCCUCCGCUGGCCCCGAUGGCCCCUUUUCCUUGUGGAGCGGGUGGCUGGGUGACAGCUUUGCUUCCUCUAACCUGCUUGGA